GGCACAGGGUUCUUCUUCUUCUUCUCGCCGUUCGCGCAUGCGCGCCUGAGGGAGAAGCGUGGUGUCUCUGCUGUUCUCCCUCGAACCCUUUCGCUUCUUCUCUCUUGCGCCGCAGGAUCCAUUGCCUCCGGCGGCGGCGUCAUGUCUUCUCCGGCCUCCACUCCCAGCCGCCGCCAGCGGGGCAACAAGCGCCAGAGACCGGGCCCUCCAGGAGGAGGAGACGCUACCGAUCCCCCUGCGGAGGAUGUACAGUCUCCUGCAUCACAGCGGCGCCGUCCAGAUGAUUCCACAUCCACAGGAGACUUGCAGCCAAUGCCUACUUCUCCACCCGUCGACACACAAAGUCCAAAUGUUCAAGAUGCUCUGUUUUCCAGUCCACCACAGUUCCAGCAUUCAGCAGUUCCACUGGACUUUGAUAUUAGUUCACCACUGACCUAUGGCACACCCAGCUCUAGAGUAGAAGGAACCCCAAGGAGUGGUGUGCGUGGAACUCCAAUUCGACAGAGGGCUGAUCUUGGCUCUGUACGCAAAACCAGGCAGGUGGAUCUUCAUUCUGAUGUGCCUACAGCAGAGGAUGCAACAGCAAGUGAACAGUCUCUUGGACAAAAGCUUGUGAUUUGGGGUACAGAUGUCAAUGUGGCUUCAUGCAAAGAAAAGUUCCAGAGAUUUCUUCAGCGUUUUACUGAUCCAACGGCAAAAGAAGAAGAAAAUAUUGGGUUGGAUCUUAAUGAGCCCCUGUAUAUGCAGCGACUAGAAGAGAUAAAUUUAAUUGGAGAACCAUUUCUAAAUGUAAACUGUGACCAUCUGAAAUCAUUUGAUGAAAAUCUUUACAGACAACUGAUGUGCUAUCCACAGGAAGUUAUUCCAACAUUUGAUAUGGCUGCUAACGAAAUCUUCUUUGACCAUCACCCUGACUCUGUACUGGAACAUCAAAUUCAAGUUAGGCCAUACAAUGCAUUAAAGACUAGAAACAUGAGGAGCUUGAAUCCAGAAGAUAUUGACCAACUUAUCACUAUAAGUGGCAUGGUGAUCAGAAGCUCACAGUUGAUUCCAGAAAUGCAAGAAGCCUUUUUCAAAUGCCAAGUCUGUGGUUUUACAGCAAGAGUAGAAAUUGAUCGGGGCAGGAUUGCUGAACCAUCAGCAUGCAAGAAUUGUAACACCACACACAGUAUGGCUUUGAUUCAUAAUCGUUCUCUAUUCUCAGAUAAACAGAUGAUCAAACUGCAGGAGUCUCCAGAAGAUAUGCCGGCUGGCCAGACACCAUACACCAUAGUCCUCUUUGCUCACAAUGAUCUAGUGGAUAAGGUUCAGCCUGGUGACAGAAUCAAUGUUACAGGUAUAUACAGAGCAGUCCCAGUCCGUGUCAUUCCAAGAAUGAGCAGUGUAAGAUCUGUCUAUAAGACCCACAUUGAUGUUAUUCAUUACUGCAAAACUGACUCAAAACGUUUGCAUGGCAUUGAAGAAGGAACAGAGCAGAAGAUGUUUACAGAAGAGCGUGAAAAAAUGCUUCAAGAGCUUUCUACAAAACCAGAUAUUUAUGACAGGCUUUCUUCAGCACUUGCUCCAAGUAUUUAUGAGCAGGAAGAUAUUAAAAAGGGCAUUCUUCUACAGCUAUUUGGAGGCUCAAGGAAGGAUUUCAGCCACACUGGCAGAGGUAACUUCCGUGCCGAGAUCAACAUUUUGCUUUGUGGAGAUCCUGGUACCAGUAAAUCACAGUUGCUUCAGUAUGUCUACAACCUGGUUCCAAGAGGCCAAUAUACAUCUGGAAAAGGUUCUAGUGCAGUUGGUCUUACAGCAUAUGUGAUGAAGGAUCCUGAAACCAGACAGUUAGUUCUGCAGACUGGAGCAUUGGUCCUCAGUGACAAUGGGAUUUGCUGUAUUGAUGAGUUUGAUAAAAUGAAUGAAAGCACAAGAUCAGUUCUUCAUGAAGUUAUGGAGCAACAAACACUGUCUAUUGCUAAAGCUGGAAUUAUUUGCCAGUUGAAUGCUCGUACCUCUAUCCUGGCAGCUGCUAAUCCAAUAGAAUCUCAGUGGAAUCCAAAGAAAACAACUAUUGAAAAUAUUCAACUUCCCCAUACUUUGUUGUCUAGAUUUGAUCUAAUUUUCCUUAUGCUGGAUCCUCGAGAUGAAGCAUAUGACAGGCGUUUGGCUCACCACUUGGUUGCAUUAUAUUACCAAACGGAAGAACAGUUGGAAGAGGAGUACAUGGAUAUGGCAGUGUUAAGAGAUUAUAUUGCUUAUGCUCGUACUUAUGUCAAUCCAAGAUUGAGUGAAGAAGCAAGUCAAGCUCUCAUUGAGGCAUACGUUGAUAUGAGAAAGAUUGGAAGUGGCAGAGGAAUGGUUUCUGCCUAUCCUCGGCAGCUGGAGUCAUUGAUUCGUUUAGCAGAAGCUCAUGCUAAAGUCCGUUUCUCUGCCAAGGUGGAAACAAUAGAUGUAGAGGAAGCAAAACGUCUUCAUCGUGAAGCUCUAAAACAAUCUGCUACUGAUCCAAGAACUGGCAUUGUGGAUAUAUCUAUUCUCACUACAGGGAUGAGUGCCACUGCUCGAAAACGUAAGGAAGAGCUCGCUCAAGCUUUGAAGAAGCUUAUUCAGUCUAAAGGUAAAACGCCAGCUCUAAGAUACCAACAGCUCUUUGAUGAUCUCCGUGCACAAUCUGAAACAGCUGUCACUAAAGAAAUGUUUGAAGAAGCACUUCAUGCAUUGGCUGAUGAUGACUUCUUGACUGUGACUGGGAAGACUGUUAGACUGCUCUAGUUAUCUAAUUUUAUAAUGAUGCAAUUAUAAAAGUAGCUUCUUGCUAUACUGUAGUACAUGUUAUUUGUGUAAUCUGAAUAUAUUAUGUGUUAUUAGACCAGGGAUCACCAGUAUCGGCACUGAAACUGUUUUUUCUGAUCGUAAAAAAAAAAUUAUGCACACCUUUUUCUUACCUGUUAAUAUAGUAUAGAUUCUAUCCAUUUAAACUUAACUUUGCUAGUAAUUUCAUAUGAACAUAAAUUCAAUAAUACUAUGCUUUAGUGCUAUUUUUGUAUGUAUAAAACUGAUGUUCAUUUUGUUUCCAAUAAAGUACAGUCAGUAAUCUGGGAUUUAUCAUGCAUUUGAAGAAUAACGGAUGCAAAGCACUCCAUAUUUUUGUGAUUCUGAGCUUAGGAAAUCUGUCAAUUAAAUUCUUGGUUCAAAGCUAGUACUUAACAGCAUUUCCUUGCAUGUGAGAUCUGUUAUUCUGAUUCACACUAUUUGUGGUGUGUGCCAUGAAGUCAUUUCUGACUUAUAGCAAUCUUGCCACAAUUUGAGGCGUGUUUGCCAUUGCCUUCCUUACUCUAAGGCUGAGAGAGUGUGACUUGCCCAGGGAUUCAAACCUUGGUUUCUAACACUCAUGCCUGGUCCUAUUCACACCAGCCAUGUUCAUAAAUUGGAAAGUGAGCAUUUUGUUGAUACAAGCAUACUACCAAUAUUGCAUAUGUUUUUUGAGUGUAUUAGUUUUAUCAGAAUACAAAAUUGUUGCUUAUUAAGUACAUUGUUUAGGAAUACCUACUAUACAAUCAUUUUAUUGUAUUGGACUAAAAGUCAUUACUACGUGUAUUAAGUGCAUUGUUUAAUAUGGGGUGAUUCAAAAAUAGUGCAA